GACAGGCUGGCCAAUAGUCGCUUUGUGCGCGCUGCUCAGUUUUUGUUUCCGUGUUGUGAUCUUUACCACUGCAUCUUAUUCACAGGCGGUGGAGACAAAACUUUCAUCAGAUAUCAUCUGUGACGUACAAUAAGAAUUAUGGGAUAGUGUUUAUUUGCCAAUAAUUUUUACGAAUGUGAAUAUUUUAUGAUGAAGUUACUUGUAUGAACAAAGUGUUGAUUUGUUUUUUAAGGAGGGAGAGUUUGAUGAAGAUCAGAAAAAGGUUCUUUGGGAAAGUUAUUAUCUACGUAUUUAGGUUAGGGGAGACAAUUUCUAAAAUACGCGCCGGCCUAUAGGGGGUAUAACGUAGGGUCAAAUUGUAGACAGAAUAGAGACAUUUAGUUUCGAUGGCAUGAAUUUCGCAGAAGACUGAUUGAGUUGUUGGGAAGCAAAGGUCCAGAAACGUGAAAUAUGAAAAGUUUGUGUCUCCUUCCAUAUAGUGUAUCGAUCAUGUUUGUGUUAUUUUAUAUACAUUAAGUGAAUCGGUUAUCAAAACAAACCUAGAUGGAUGGUUUGAAUCUUCACGGAUGUGGGACUCAAGUGAUCAAUUUCAAGUUCAAUCGCAUGUAGUCACCUGAACCUCCUCCAAGAUGAUGCUCGGAGACUUCGAAUUUCAUCAAUGUGUUGUCUUCCUCACCCACGCACACUCACGCUCACGCAUCGCAUCGCUUGCACGGCCGCACGCAACAUUUUGUCUUCCACGCAUAGUGUGUGCAGCUUUACGAGCCAAGAGUGCCAUCUACCAGCGCCUCAGAAUGAUAAGGCGGAGCUGUGAAACAGACACUGCCUGCAAUAGAGGUCAACACUUUUCCUGCACAAAAAUGUCGCUGUGACGAAACUGAGUCUAGGAUCGGUGUAGAAUAUUCAAUAUUAAAUCUUCUAAAAUGAGAAAAUAAUAGAAAUAGGGUGUAGACAUGACGUCAGGUACGCCAACUUUUUGCGACUCGCCAUCUCUGGCUCAGAGACCGCUCUUAUUUUCGGCGCCCAUCGCGACCACCACUGCGUCUGUGGCCAGAAAGCUGACGCCCUCAUCUGUGGGAUGCCAGUCACACCAGAUGAACGACGAAUCUGCAGCAAGAGCCUCGACUCUCUCAUCGCCGCGACGCACAGAGACCGUCCGCUUCGAUAUCCUGGAUGAUGAAGACGGCGUCUCGGUGUCGGAUAGACGCAACAGGAACUCCUCUGAGCGCCUCUCGCUCAACGACCGGCGAUCGUCCUCAAAGCACGGCGGCCGGUUGCAACAGCCCCGGAUGAGUCUGCUCGGAAAACCGCUCAACUACCGGGCGAAUCGGCGGGACGCGCGCUACAGGAGACUUCAGAGUCGCGUGUACAACUUCCUGGAGCGCCCGCGAGGUUACAAAGCCAUCCUCUACCACAUGCUAGUGUUUUGCAUGGUGUUCACGUGCCUGGCGCUCAGCGUAUUCUCGACAAUAGAAAAGUACGAGAAACAAGCGAGCAUCAUACUUUUCUACAUGGAGACCGUAGUGGUGGUGUGGUUCACCGUAGAGUUCUUCCUGAGGCUCUGGUCCUCAGGAUGUAGAUCUAGGUAUCAAGGGGCCCUCGGCCGAAUAAAAUUUCUCAGGAGGCCUUUCUGUAUUAUAGACGUGAGCACCAUAUUUGCCUCUCUCGUGGUGCUGAGUAUGGGCUCCAGUGGUCAGGUAUUUGCAGCCUCGGCUCUGCGCGGACUUCGUUUCUUCCAGAUCCUACGGAUGGUCCGCAUGGAUCGCCGAGGCGGUACCUGGAAGCUGCUGGGUUCUGUUGUGUAUGCUCACAGACAGGAGCUGAUCACGACACUCUACAUCGGAUUCCUGGGCCUAAUCUUCGCUUCAUUCCUCGUAUAUCUAGCUGAGAAGGACACCAAUGAUAAAUUUUCCAACUUCGCUGAUGCCCUCUGGUGGGGAGUGAUAACGCUUUGCACGGUGGGCUACGGCGAUGCUGUGCCUGAGACAUGGCAGGGCAAAGUGAUCGCCUCCUUCUGCGCACUGCUCGGUAUAUCGUUCUUCGCUCUCCCAGCGGGCAUCCUAGGCUCGGGUUUUGCUCUCAAAGUGCAGCAGCAGCAAAGACAGAAGCACAUGAUAAGAAGACGGCAACCAGCAGCCACUUUGAUUCAGAGCUUGUGGCGCUGCUAUGCAGCUGAUGAACACUCCAUGUCUGUUGCCACGUGGAAGAUACACCAGGUGCCCUUACCCAGCCCGCCCUCCUUCAAACACAACGCGUCCUUCGUGUCCCGUUUGCCUACAAUCCGAAGACACAAGAGCACGUCGCUACACUCGCCUUCACUCGCGAAAGGUGCUGGCAGCGGGUCUGCGGGGGGAGGCAGUGGGAGCGGCGGAGGGCCAAGGGGCUUCGCAGAACUCAACGCAUCAGCUGAGAACUUAGGUGGCGCUAACAGUCACAGACCGCUGAACGCGAGUCAUAGUGAGGACUCGGUCACAGAGACAGCGAUCUCCAAGAAAAACUCGGAUGAUGAAGAUGAAGAGCCGCGGUGCGUGCAGCUUACAAAUCAGCACAAAGGCGCCAUCAGAGCGAUAAGAAAGCUGAAGUAUUUUGUGGCACGUAAGAAGUUCAGAGAAGCUCUUAAACCUUAUGAUGUUAAGGAUGUGAUAGAGCAAUAUUCUUCUGGGCAUGCAGAUCUCUUGAACCGAGUUAAAAACCUUCAGUUCAGGUUGGACCAGAUAUUGGGUAAACAAGGUUCCAAAGCAAAAGAUGUUUAUGCCUCCAAAAUUAGUUUAGCCUCAAGAGUGGUCAAGGUUGAAAGACAGGUGGAUGACAUUGAAGUGAAACUUGACCAACUCAUUGAACUUUAUAUGGAAGACAGAAAGCGUCUUCUGGCCAUACCCCUCCACCAUUCAGUAGAUUCACCUCUGCCAUUAGCUGGUGGUGCAACUGCAGUAGUUACCACUGCAGGGGUAACACCCUGCCCCAAUACUACCCUUCACAACCCCCACAUCAUCACAGUAUCAGCUUCACAGUCUGCCACUAGCCCUCCCAUAGCCUCAGCAGCUGUUUUAAGGCCAAAGCCUAUCCUGGUAGACAAGCAAUUCUCAGAACCCAACACACCCACAUCCAAGAGCUUCACGGAACCUCAGCCACACAGGCCUAUGCAUCGAGGGUACUCAGACCUUGGGCACAGAAUUAAAAAGAGAGUUACGCUCAGUUCGAUUCCCUCCCAGUAUGUAUCGCCACUGUCAUCAGAAGAUGGGGGCAUACAUCCUUACCAGCAUGAAGGAGAGGUGGUAAUUAUAGUACCACCCCUCAACACAUCCUUGGAUGAUGAUCAGGAUGAAGGCAGUCCAAAGACCACAGAGAGCACAAUUGCAAUGUCAUCAUUAUCACCGCCAUUGGCACUACCGUGUGAGGAAAGAUUAGACUCCUGGGAAGGUUGUGAUGACUCUCUAGCAACAGAGAACACCGCGUUGCUUCAUACAACUGCAGCUACAACGGAGAUCAUUAUCACCCCCAUGAGUCCAACAGCAUCCUCUGUGGACCUUUCACACAUCGACAGUCAGGAUGAUGAUGAAUGUGGCCUGGACAUUUCAACCAAUGUGGACAUUCAAAAAAUGGACCUUCUGAAGCCUGAUGUGAUUUCUAGUCUAAAUGAAGAUGUCUGAGAGUUGUACAAGUUGAUUGUAGCUAUAGGUGUCGAAUAUAUCAGUGAAGUGAAUCUCAUUGCAGAGAUGGUGCUGUUGAUGAUAAGGCACAAGUGAUUAUAUAUGAUGGUGCAUCAUCAGUGAUAUGCUACUUUAAUCAUCAUAUUUGGGUAAAGGGGGGGAGGUAAUAUUAAGAGCAUUUGAGUGUCCACGAUAAUAUUUUUCAUAUUUUUAGUGCUGCAAUUUACAGUAAGUUCAGUAAAUUUUCCACUGCAAUUAUAUUCUGUGCUUAGAAGCGAAACGUAGAAGGAAUGGUACCACAGUCACUUCCACCAUUGUAUUACAUGAAAUUCUCUAACUCUGAAACUGCUUUGACCAUGCACCACUGCUUCAAAGUAUCAGAGUUCAAAAACAUCAGUCUACUUCAAAGACCACAGAAAGUAACUUACCAUAAAGGAAUUUACAAGUUUUACUUCAAGACCUCAUCUUCUAAUCCCUAUUUACAUAUUUCCUUCAUAGUAUCUGAAAGGUCCUAAGUUGUAAGAACAAAUUGUUCUGUUCAUGCCAGAAGUAAGUAUUCAUUCUGCACAAGUCUCAGGAAUUCUCGGCUACCUGGGAAAGACUAUCUAUAUAUAUAUAUAUAUAUAUUGUAGAUAUAAAUCACUUAUUGAUAUGAAAAAUCAGUAUGCCAGCUGGUUCAUGGGAAAAAAUUAAGUACGUAUUGUAUACAAUGGUGAGACCAUAAAUUUUACUUUUCUUUUAGAAAUAACUACAGUAGACAAAUAAAAAUGAAAGGAAGUAAUAGUUUUUGUAUGAUAAAAGUAUAGGCCAUAGCCCAGUAACAUUUUAAAGCAUACUGUGUUGUUACUUCAUGGAUUAAAAUAUGUUAAAAUUCACAGAUAAUGCAAUUAUUGAAUCCA